UCGCAAGCCUAGUUUCAUCAGUACAUCGGGCGGACUAAGUUACUACGUGGCAUCCUUUUACAGAUGGUAGACAGAAUAUAUACAAGGAGUUUAAAUUCAUAAUAAAAGAUGGCUUCAAUAAAAUUAGUACCGUUCGAGGAAGAACUAAAGAAGAAUCCGGAAUUGAAAGAGUCAGAUAUAGAAAUAUUGAGACAAUGGUGCAGAAAACAGCCUCAUCUACCCAAGAUGACAGACAGCGAAUUAGCAUUGUUCCUACAUAGUAAUUAUUAUCGACUCGAACCGACGAAAUCUACUAUCGAUACUUUUUUCACAGUUAGAACUCACGUACCCGAGUUCUUCCAUAAUCGAGAUCCUAUUAACAAUCAAGAAUUAAAAAAAACAAUCAACGUGGCAACGGCUCACGUUUUGGAAAGAACUACUAAAGAAGGCUAUAAAAUCAUUUAUGGAAGACUCCUAGAUACCGAACCAUCGCAUUUCGUUUACACCGAGAUCAUGAAGUUAUUACUUAUGACAAUCGAUUUAUGGCUUUAUACCGAAGGCACUUGCAAUGGCCAUAUAUUAAUAAUCGACACGAAAAACGUUUCUUUUGGACACGUCGGCCGUUUGAAUCCCAUGGCCCUAAAGAAAUUUCUUUACUAUCUACAGGAAGGAUUACCUGUUAGAUUAAAGGGAUUCCAUUUCAUAAAUGCUUCUCCAGUAAUAGAUAUCAUUUUGAAUAUGAUGAAACCUUUCAUGAAGAAACAGCUGAUGGAUAUAUUUUACAUGCAUACUACGAAUGACACUCUGGAGAAAUUCAUACCGCUCGAAGUUCUUCCAAACGAAGCAGGUGGUCAAGCUGGUCUUAUUCAGGAGUUACGUGACAAACAAGUGAAAAAGCUAAUAGAUCACAUUACCUGGUUCAAAGAGGAAGAAGCUAAUCAUCGAGUUAAUGAAUUGCUACGACCGGACAAAGCAAAGACAGCAACGGAUUUAUUUGGCGUUGAAGGAAGCUUUAAGAAACUAGACAUUGAUUGAUCAAAUAACGUCUUA